UUCGAUUACUCGUAAAAUCCAAAACUGAGAGAAUAGAAUAUUGAAAAAAAAUGAAGAACAUUGGAAGCAGUGGAAGGCUAUCAAUGGAAGAGAAUAACGAAGAAGAAGAGACUUCAAAAUUUGACAUAGCAACACUUCAAGCUAGAGAAGAGGAGAUUGAGAGGAAAAAGAUGGAGGUUAGAGAAAAAGUUCAACUCCAAUUGGUCCGUGCUGAAGAAGAAGCUAAGCGCUUGACUCAUAUUUGGGAAGAGCUUGAAGUGCUGGUUGAUCCAAUGAGAAAAGAAGUUGGGCUAAUACGUAAGAGAAUAGACAUGGCUAAUAGAGAGCUGAAGCCAUUGGGACAGAGCUGCCAAAAGAAGGAGAAAGAAUAUAAAGAAGCACUUGAAGCUUUUAAUGAAAAGAACAAAGAGAAAGCUCAACUAGUUACCACAUUAAUGGAGCUGCUCACUGAGAGUGAAAGAUUGAGGAUGAAGAAACUGGAAGAACUGAGCAAGAAUGUAGAAUCCAAACCUUGAGAUUUUAUUACAUCUGACAAAUCAUGGUUAUAAUGUGUCUUCCCUUUGAAUAAAAUUCUACUAAAGUAGCCAAUACUAUGGCCAAACUAAAAUUAUAUCAUGAGUUAUUACUAAAAUUAUUAAUUUAGAAUUUUGUUUUGCAUAAUAACAGAAAAAAAAAAAUACAACCCUGCAAUUCAUAGCCUCGAAUAUAUCAUUUCAAUCUCUCUUCUAUUUGAUGUGCUAAUAAGUAAUUACAACCCAAUAUUAAUUUAGGUUUAUUCUACAUUAUAGCUCAAACUUUUUUUUUUCA